AUGGGCGGUCUACCCCCUCUCUCCAGGAAGUGGAGAGGUCCUGCCAGGAUUAUGAGAUGUGUAGGUCCAGUUGCCUUUGAGAGUGAAGACCUCGAAACGGAAGUCCAGUUAAAAGCCCACCUGAAUCUCCUGAAGGCUUAUCAUCCACCGACAGAACUCUCAUAUGGCAAGAGUGAAAGUGAUGAAGAAGAGGAUGAUGGUAUAGAUGAUCCGAAUCCAUCAAACCCAGAUGACACUUGGGUUGCUGUGCUGACCUUUCUGGUGAUGGAGCCAGAGUUUAAUGCCAGUAGGCAUGAUUGCCGAGACAAGAAAUCUGCACCCAGAUGA